UGGCACGCACGCGCAGACGGGCCACGGGGCCCGGAGGCACAGAGGAGGGGGAGCCAGAAAGAGGGGGGUGCGGAACGUAUUUCCGCUCUGGCGGACAAAUAAUACCGGCCAAAGGAGAGGCCAGGCUGUCCGGCCCUUUAACCGUGUGGGGGGAGCUGGUGAAGAAAGGGGGGUCGGGAAAGGGGGAAUCCUGCUCCUUUAAUUCCCUCCCCUCUUCCUCCUCCCCGAGUUCUCGACGACGCCGCCGCGCGCGGGGCCUGGAACACACUGCACGAGCCGCCCCCACCCCUCCCCCCUUACGCCCACGCGGAGCCGGCCCCGCGCGCGCGCCCCGUGCGCGCCUGCGCGCUGCCCAGGCCCUGCCCGUGUGUGGGGGCGCAGUCGGCCCCGGGGGGGGUGGGGGAAAUAGGGGGGGAAAAAAACAGCGCGCGGAACCCAGCCAGGGUUGCCCACCCCCAGCCACAAUGGCCUCUGGGGUGGAAGUCCUGCGCUUCCAGCUGCCUGGCCACGAGGCCGCUACGCUGCGGAACAUGAACCAGCUCCGCGCAGAGGAGCGGUUCUGCGACGUGACCAUUGUGGCUGACAGCCUCAAGUUCCGUGGCCACAAGGUCAUCUUGGCCGCCUGCUCGCCGUUCCUGCGGGACCAGUUCCUGCUGAAUCCCAGCUCUGAGCUGCAGGUCUCACUGAUGCACAGUGCACGCAUAGUGGCUGACCUGCUCCUUUCUUGCUAUACGGGCGCCCUGGAAUUCGCCGUCAGGGAUAUCGUUAACUACCUGACGGCCGCGUCCUACCUGCAGAUGGAGCACGUGGUGGAGAAAUGCCGGAACGCCCUCAGCCAAUUUAUCGAGCCCAAAAUAGGCCUCAAAGAGGAUGGGGUCAGCGAUGCCAGCCUUGUGAGCAGUGUCAGUGCCACCAAAUCCCUGCUCCCUCCUGCCAGGACCCCAAAACCAGCCCCCAAACCCCCACCCCCGCCCCCUCUCCCCCCUCCACUCCUGCGGCCUGUGAAGCUGGAGUUCCCUCUGGAUGAGGACCUGGAGCUGAAGGCUGAGGAAGAGGAUGAGGACGAGGACGAGGAUGUGUCUGACAUCUGCAUCGUCAAGGUGGAAUCAGCCCUGGAGGUGGCACACCGGCUCAAACCUCCCGGGGGCCUGGGAGGAGGUCUGGGCAUUGGAGGCUCUGUGGGCAGCCACCUUGGGGAGCUGGCCCAGAGCAGCGUGCCUCCCAGCACUGUGGCCCCACCGCAGGGCGUGGUGAAAGCCUGCUACAGUCUGUCUGAGGACGCGGAAGGGGAGGGUCUGCUCUUGAUCCCUGGAGGCCGGGCCAGUGUGGGGGCCACCUCAGGCCUCGUGGAGGCAGCAGCGGUGGCCAUGGCUGCCCGGGGGGCGGGGGGCAGCCUGGGGGCAGGGGGCGGCCGGGGACCCCUGCCCGGAGGCUUUUCCAGCGGAAAUCCCCUAAAGAACAUCAAGUGCACCAAGUGCCCGGAAGUGUUCCAGGGUGUGGAGAAGCUGGUCUUCCACAUGCGGGCGCAGCACUUCAUCUUCAUGUGCCCGCGCUGCGGCAAGCAGUUCAACCACAGCAGCAACCUCAACCGCCACAUGAACGUGCACCGCGGCGUCAAGUCGCACUCGUGUGGCAUCUGCGGCAAGUGCUUCACGCAGAAGUCCACGCUGCACGAUCACCUCAACCUCCACUCGGGAGCGAGGCCCUAUCGCUGCUCCUACUGCGACGUGCGCUUCGCUCACAAGCCGGCCAUUAGGCGGCACCUCAAGGAGCAGCACGGCAAGACCACAGCCGAGAACGUGCUGGAGGCUAGUGUGGCUGAGAUCAAUGUCCUCAUCCGCUAGCGAGGCGGGCGCCGGGGCCCUGGGCGAAGUGGGGAGGGUCUCCCUGGUCCAGGAGA